AAGUUACAACAUAUAUAAACUCAACACACCGAUCACAAAGCCCAAAACGAGGACAAAGCAAAUCCAAUGUCAGCUGAAGAGGGAAAAGCAGAUGCACAGCUCUUCCAGCUCCUCUCCAAUCUGCUCCAGCAGGUGGAAUCGCUGACCAACCAAGAAGAAGUUGAAUUGCGUUCCAAAAUUGAAGCUCUAGGAUUGGAGGUUACCAAAGUUCCCUCAAAGUCGUCCCAGAAUCUUGAUGAGCUGGAAAUUGCCAGAGAGUUGGACAAAUUAUCCGCAAAGUUGGAUGACGUCAACGAGCUGAUAUCAUCCACCAUGGCUACAGAUCCACAGGUGCAGUCACUAUUGAGUGGCACCGCAGAUGUAUGGAUGCCAGUUAUUACUGCUACUGCUGAUGAGAGACGUAAUUUCACUGCCCCAACUGAAGACGAUAGCCAUGAAACAAAACAAAGAAGUUCCAAUUAAUGUUUCAAAUCCCUUACUCUUUUUUUUUUGUUCUUUUGGCAUUGGGGGAGAUGGUUUUAAUGAAUUCUUGUGUUUCGCCUCGUCUUUCUGAAUAAACAAGUUUUUGCAGAUUCCUUUUA